GAGGCUUUAUAAAUGGAGCACGCGGCGGGCGGGCCGUUAGAAGGUUCUGGCAGCCGGUGAGGGCGGUUGAGGGUGGCGGCGGUGCACGGCCUGAGCGUUCCGCCAUGACCCGUGGGAACCAGCGUGAACUUGCUCGCCAAAAGAACCUGAAGAAGACCCAGGAAAUCCACAAAGGGAAAAGGAAAGAGGAUAGCUUGUCUGCUUCUCAGAGAAAACAGAGGGACUCUGAAAUCAUGCAGCAGAAACAGAAGGCAGCUAACGAAAGGAAGUCUCUGCAGGCAGAAGCAAAAUGAACAGUCCCUGCAGAGCAGAUAGGAGCGUGCUGCUGAAGCCGAAAGGCCUAGAGGAUCAUUUGUGAAAAUGUCCGGCCUCUACAUGAUUUAAGUGUUAAUUUUGCAGCCUCGUUCAGCUAGCGUUAGUUUGUCCUCUGGUUAGCAUAGGCGUAGUUGUCUGGAAUGCUGUUUCCAAGCCGACUGCUCUGCAUGCGUAGGAAUGGUAGUACCGGGCAGUCGCUGUGCUCCGGCUUGUGCUGCGUUUGUAGCUUUCACUGAACGGUUCCAGUAAUGAGUUCCUAAAAUCUAAGGAUUUAGUUUUAAUUCCAGAAGAUCCGUUCGGUUCGUGGUGGAACACAGCUGUAACACGUGCUGAGGCUCGUGGGGACCGAGCUGUGCAUUCUCCCCUAUUUAACUAUUUUUACAAUAAAACCUUGCAUGAAAUCUC